AUGGCACCACACGUCAAGGCUCCAUAUGAUCCUAAUGAGGCCCUCGACGAUAUUCCAGGCGUGGCCCAUGCCCUCGAGCUUUUUCUCAACUCUCACAUGUUCGAAUCAGAGGAAUAUUGUCUUCAGAGUGACCCAAAAAAGGAAAGACUUUAUUUCUCUACUGGAUACGGUCUUAUACAAUGCGUAAAAGCAUUCAUGUCGUACGCCGACGAAGAUAUCCUCGCAGGCAUUGGACACACCAAGCAAGGGAAUCUCAUCGCGAUGCAGCACCGCAAGAAAGCUGCAUCAUUCACGUCGAGGCUUGCUGGUUACGUUGUUAGUUCCUUGAAUACCACCGGUGUCGGAUUUAUCAAGAGCAUGUCUCCGGUCGAGCGGCACGCCGAACUUGUCUAUGCAGAGAGUCUGUUUGAGAAGGCAUUAUUAGGUGUCGUAUACUCUGGCGAUUGGCUAGCGUUCAUCAAAGAAGCGUUGAAUAUGCGAACAACCAUCAACAUAUACCGUGUACUAUACAAGUUCAUAACAACCAUGGACGAAGCGGCUUCCUCAGGUUACGAUGAGAGUAUCGAUGUUCAUUUCCGCUCAGGCGUCUAUCUCGGAGCCGGAAUGAGUACCCUUAUCCUGAGCCUCAUGCCCUCAAAAUUGCUCACCAUCAUCGAGCUGUUCGGAUAUCACGGCGACCGCGCCGAGGCCCUUUCCAUUCUCAGCCAAGCGGGUGGUUGGACCUCCACAUCCGACGAGCCAUCUGUUUCCAUUUCUGAAGAAGGACUCCGACGACCCAUUUGCGAUAUGGCGCUCAUGGUCUUCCACCUUGUUCUCUCGAGCUUCACAUUCGAAGGCGUUGAUGUUCAAAUGGCCGACAAAAUUAUCCGAUGGAACGCGCGCCGCUACCCGAACGGUGUUUUUUUCCUGUUCGGAGCCGGACGACUUGCGCUCAUGCGGUCCCAGCCAGAAGAAUCCAUACGGUGUUACACCCGAGCUAUGGAGGUCCAGUCGCAGUACAGGAAUCUACAUCACAUCUCUUUUUGGGAGAUCGCGAUAGCACAACUGGCACUUUGGGAUGUGAAAGGCAGCCUCGAAUGCUGGAGAGUCCUGGAGCGGGAGGCGACGUGGUCCAAGGCGAUUUAUACGUAUGGGAUGGCGGUGUGUCUACUCGAAGGUGGAGGGGACCCGAAAGAGGCGAAAGCUCUCAUGGAAAAGGUGCCGAACCUUAGACAGAAGAUUGCUGGGAAGAGUAUACCCUUGGAGAAGCUGGUCGCAAGGAAGGCGCGCAAGUUUUUGGCGCAGGGUCGGCUGGCCCUUCCGGCACUCGAGAUUGCGUAUCUUUUCUUGGCAAUUACACAUGCUCCUCGAGAAGUCGUUGCGAAGAAGAUGCUUGCUGAGGUGCAGGGGUGUUUGAAGGAACUAGAUACCAAGGACAAAAAGUCUAUGGGUUAUUGGGAUGAUUUUUGUUUAGCCAAGUUCUUGGAGGGCGUUUGCAUGAGAUAUAUUGCGUAUCCGGACCCGGACGCCAUUAUACCACCUGAUGCGCCUUCCGUCGUUGAACUAGCUGGUAUAUCCGAGAGCGAUGCAGCAAAAGCCGCAGCGUCCGCGUUUGAGGACGUCUUUAGAUUCGGACCCAAGAUCGAGCUCGACCAUCAUAUCGUGUAUCAUGCCCACUAUGAAUUGGGCCGAUUACUUGCGUGCCAGGGAAAAGUAGACGAGGCCCGAAUACAGUUCCAUCUCGUUCUCUCCGGUAAACAUCUUGAGGUUGGGCCGUCUGGCAAAAAGGGACGAUAUAGCAUGGAGAAUGCUUUACACAUGCGCACCCAUGCAGCAUUAGAGGCUUUGGGAAAGCGAAAUCUUUGA